AUGCUGCCCAACAACGAGGUCCGCGUUCCUCGGGCGCGGGUUGCGCAGCCCGCCCGGGACAUCACCGCCGAGUUUACUGUGGCCGCCGCGAAGAUAAAACCCGGGAAGCUCGUCAAGGAUGAGCUCUUUACGCUUUUUGAGGCCGUCGGGGCCUUGGAGAUUAUGGACUCGAAAAUGGACAGCGGUUACAUCGCCCCCGGAGAAAACCAAGCGCAGGCGCUGGAAGAUGACUACGAUGUGCGGCGCGAGCUGACACCCGCGGAGGUCGUGGGGUUGAUGGAUGAAUUGCUCUGCCAUGAGAUGGCAUGGCAUAUGGGUCAUCCGUUGUCGCAGACGCUCUUCACAUCCAUCUACCUCGAUAAGCUCCUGUGGCCGGUGCCCAGGACCGUCGAAGAUGCCCGAUUCGAUCGCACCCGGCCCGCGACCGAUCUACCGCUGGUGAACCUUGUCCUCCGGGCUUAUUGUUUGGCGCUGGUCAAGGCUUGCGACUUUGUCCAUUCUCGAGUGGCGGCCGAAUACUUCUUUGAGGAAGAAGACUUUGUUACCCAGCUCUACAGCCGGAACCUCUUGAGCGUAUUUGACCCGUCACAUUUUGAACGACUGUUGGAUCGGGCAAUUGAUUGGAUUGAUAAAGAAACUGAGAUGGAGGAGAAGCUCCGAGAUGCGAUUCGGUGCCGAUUAGUGUUCCGUCGCGAGUUUCUGUUGGCACUAGACCGCGAUUUGGAUGUCCUAGAGAGCCGCUCGACUGUGAACUUUGUGUCGUGUGUCUCGCAAUUGGAACUUCUAACCGAAUCGGUGUCUCUGGGGAAGUCAGUACCAGAGGCGUUCAGCCUGAAGAUCCAGCGGAAGCUCGCCAGCACCGUGCCUCCUCGACCCAUCGUGCACAUCAGCCACGAAGCUGCGCUGGCUCACUUGAAACGAAUCUGUCAGGAUGCUAUUGAUAUGCAGCAUAUGCUCGACUACCGCGGUCCCAGUAACUUCAAGACUGCUGUGUGGACACUAUUAUCACGCAAACCACAACCAUCGGUUUAUAUCCGCUGUUUACUUCAGGCCCUGAUUGUCAGUGACAUGACAAUCCUAGGAGCGGUCUCUGUCAAGCAGUUCCUGUAUGAUGACAUUGCAGAGCUUGUCUUGCCAUCCAGUAUCCUGCUGCAGGCCAGCACGGACGAAGUUGAGCUGCCCUCCCAUCCUCGGUUUCAAAUCGCCCAGCACAUGGAAGGAUUUGUGAAGCGAUUUUCUCGGCCAUUCGUGGACACCGUACAAUGUGCCUGUCUCAACCGGUGUCGCAUUCGAAGGACAUUAUGCCACACCAUGGUGGAUUGGGACAACCUGCAAAUGGAGGCCGAAGAGCUCGACGUUCAGCUCCGCACCCUGACCUCUGAACGGCCCAUCCCGCUCCCAAGCGGCGAACCGACCUUCUCUUACCCGCUCAGCAGCUGGGCGUAUCACCAGAAACUGAUACAGCUUCGGCUCGUCCUCCAAAUGGGGUUUGAGCUGUCCAUCUACUCCCCCGAGGAGCUUCCUGGCAUGUACUGGUACCUGUCCCAUAUCUGUACUACCCACCUGGGUCAUCUCGACCGAAUUCGCACAUUCACCGUCGCCGCCCGCAAACGCGAUCUGAUGGCCACCAGUAGCCGCUCGGGCACCUCCUCUCAACCAUCUUCUGCCUUCCACCAAUCAUUCCGCAGUCUCGAGAGACUGACUACUCAUCUGAUUGCCAUUGAUGCAUUUUCUAUCGCUCUGCAUGCUCUAUAUGUGCUCCUGACCCGCCACCGGCUUUUACCGCUUGCUUCAUCUCCGCAAGCAUACUCGAGCGAGAAACUACGCUACGAGCUUCGCAUGAAGCCUUUCAUCCCGGUGUCUCUCCCGGAGCUGGUCCCCUACCAAGAAUUCAAGAAGGAAGCCAACCUGGAGGGUGAUUCUGACGUGACUGUUCUGGAGCGUGCCUCCAAUGCCAUCGCGGAGGCCCGUCGGGCGUGGGAAGCCACCCUCGCCAACGGCGCAUUUAUUGAGGAUCCUUCGUCCCGGACUCCGAUGCCUUCGAUGGCCAUUGAAGAGGACUGGAAACGCGACGUCAAGGAUACCAUGCGCGCGUGUAUCGGGGCUAGUCUGGCUAUUGAGACGAUCAAGAAGGCGCUGGCGGGCCAGACCGAGAUGGCAACGCUGGAAGUGACUAUCCCCGACGCAGGCUCCAAGGCCCAAUGGCAUGACUGGUGGGUGGUGCCACAGGACGAUGAAAUCAUCGACCGUUGGCGCUCGGACUGCCGAUCGCAUCUCAUUAACUUUGGAGCUUACUCGACUUACUUCCCUGUACUUACCUCGUGCAUCCUUCCUCCGACUUAUUUUGGGUGUUUUGUGACGAACGAUUGUUCUACCUCGAAUGCGGCUCGCCCUGAUCUCGCUGUCGGCCAGUGCGCGGUAGAUUCCCCGGAUCACAUCUCAAACGUCACCGUCAGCACCAACACCACUGCCAUGCCCAUUUAUCCCAUCCGCCGCCGCCCACGCGAGUGCAAAACCUGCUUGGCCUGUCGUGCGAGCAAAGUCCGCUGCGAUCGCAACGUCCCCUGCAGCAAUUGCGUCAAGCGCAAUUUCACCUGCUCUUACAGUCGCCCGCCGCCCACCAAACCCGCCGCAUCUUACGCCUUGGCGUCCACCGAGUCCUCCACGCCCUCACAGUCUUUCUCCUUCAGCGCUCCCUAUCAGUCAUCCCGAGAGCAGCCCCGACCAGCACCAGCACCACAUCGCUAUGAAUACACGGAGCGCUCCGCCGGACCGGUCGCCAGCGACGACGGCGAAGUCGUGGAUAUCUCGCAGACAGAGUGGGACGAGAUCAAUAACAAGAUGGUCGCCAUGGAACAGCUCCUCGGCAGCCUGCAGUCGCUGUUUAAUGCACACCCCGCGAAGCACAGCAACCGGGCAUCAGAGGCGGGGACCUGCGAAUCCACUCGCUCCGAAGGCAAUUACGGUUCCGGCUCGCUGAAAAGCGGCCCUGUUCAUCUCGGGUCUCGCUCCGCGCUCGUUGAUAUCUUGGAUAAAUCGAAGCUCUCGGCGGAUAUAGCGCAGGCGCUGCCGCAGGAUGAAUUGCUGGCCGAGCUCGUGCUUGGGAAUGAGUCCGCUGCAUACCCGUUUCUGGAUCUGUGGUCGUCGGACCCGUUCACUUUUAAUAUUGCUGGGGUUUGUGCCGUCCUUCCAGACGAUGAACAGUGUCGUCGAUUCCUCGGGUUCUACAAAGACAUCAGCGCCGUGUUGUAUCCCGUGUUGCCUGACCUGUCUGAACUGGAGCGUAACACGAAUCGCCUGCUCGAGGCCGUUUGGCACGAGCCUCCUUUCCUCAGCCUGCUGUUCGCCGUGCUCGCUGCAGGAUGCCAGCUGUCGGACCUUUCGGAUCGUGAACGUGAAUUGACCUCGUGGGUAUAUGUUUCCUGUGCAUACCAAUGUCUGCGCAUGUUGAACUAUGUCUCGCAGCCGUCAGUAGAGGUCAUCCAGAUUCUGCUCAUUAUUGGCAACGUACUGUCGUACAACAUGAAUGCAGGGGCUGCGUAUACCAUGCUCGGUAUGACGGAGCGCCUGUGUAUGGUCCUGGGGCUGCACGUUGAAUCAACUGGGUAUUCGUUCGCUGAACAAGCGGUUCGAAGACGUGUCUGGUGGGCGAUGGCGUUCCAAAACAGCCACUUCUCUCUAGCAUAUGACCGGCCAUCUAUCACGAUGGUCAGCCAGCCUGAGAUCCCGUUCGAUCGCAAAUCGAUGCCGGGACAUCGGACGUACUUCGAAACGCUCUGUCAAGUCGUGUCCCUGGCAUUGGAAAUCUUGCGGUCCCGUAUGUAUCCGGAAUCGUCGCACCCACGGUUUCACGACAUUCGUGAGUACAAGCAACGUAUUCAGAUGAUGCUUGCCGAAGCAUCGCCGCACCUGCAGUAUCGAGAGCAAUGUCGUACAUUACGUGGGCAUAUCGAGCGAACCGAGUUGCGACUCCACUCCUCGUAUCUCCUUUCAGUACUGUGCCGAGUAUCUUUGGAUCCCCAUGCUCAUCUUGAUGACCAGCGGCGGCGGAUCAUUCGUGAGGAUUGUAUCCGCAGUUUGAUGGACACGAUUGACGCCUUCGUCGAGCUCCACGAGAUUAACUCGCGUUGCUCUCGAUCAUGGAUCAGUCUACAGAGAAGCAUCGCGUCAGCAUUCCUUCUCCUCGCCAAUGAUGAUAGUCCACAAACAUGGGGCCUUAUCGAUCGCCUCGAGACGGUCCUGGCCGACCAUGUAUAUGCCGAUGGCCACGAAGACUAUAAUAGGCGCACAGACUCUGUGAAGCAUCUGGCUUCAUCACUUCGUGCUCUGCGUGAAAUUCGCACCGCAUUCCGUGGUACUAAAUUGGCACUACCAGCAGAUGCUCCGAGCUCCUCACCGAUGGGUUUCCCGUCUCCUCCGUCUGUAGAUGCUGCGCCGGAUAUGCCGCCGCCGUCUGCUCCAGUAGGCCCUGUUCCGUUGCCGAUGGAAGAUUGGAAUAUGCUUGACAUCUUGGGACGGGUCCCCGAUGCUAUGCUGUUCCCCAGCAUGGGCGGGGCCGGUCCAGCUGCUUGA